CAGCAGUGGGCUUUGGAAGGAGCUGCAGACGGCUCUCUCUGCUCUUGAGGCCUCUAGCGGUCAGGGGAGGAACAUGCUCAGGCUGCACACUCAGAAUGCUGAGACAAUCUGGACAAAGCAUCUCUCUGCAGCCCAGGAGAGCUGGGUUCAGGCCACACAGGUGCUGGAGGAGAUGGAGACGGAUUUGGGGAUCUCAUACCCCUCUGCUCUGCCCCCUGAUGAGAGACGUCAGUAUCAGCGGGAUGUUCUCUCGCUGUACAAACACAACCAAGACCUCAACACCUCAUUGAAGAGCCGACAGGGUAGUGGACCUGAAGAGGAAAUGGCUGUAUGGAGUGAGUUGUUCUCCUCCUGUCAGUCCAUCAUUCGAACUUCGAGCCCUUGCUUUUCCUCUCCUCCAUAUCCUGGAUCCCCUCUGCUGUCCCGCAAACUGCCCGGCUUCAGGCCGGACUCCCCUCCGUCUCCCUGCACUGUUGAUUCUGCGCUUCAGGCUGAGAUGGAUAAGCUGCAGAGGUGUCUGGAGCGACUGAAAGCUCGGAAUGAGCGUCUGAAUGCCGCACUGGUCAAAAAGAAAGGAGAAUCGGAGCAGCUGAGCAUGAGUCUUAGCCGACAGGAGGCAGACAGCUCGGCUCUACACAUGGCUCUGGCAUACUGUGAGGAGUGUGAGGAGGCUUACAGAGACCUGCUGUCCCUGUGCGAAGCCACAAAACAACAGAAUGCAGAAACAAUUAGCACACCCCAGCCAGACCUCGCAAAGUCAACAAACGAGAACUUGGACACAGGCGAGGCAUCCUCCAGUCCACCAGAGGGCACUGCUGAGACCAGACCAAACAGCUUGUCAGAACAGGAGUUUGAGGACAAGGCCGGUGUAAUUUUGCAAAGGAUCUCCAGGCUGAAGCAGGACAGGGCCGCUGUUUGUAUCCCGCAGCAGGGCGCAGCAGGAGAAGGCAAGAUCAGUCCCGACACUGGCACGCUCGCAGGGGUCAGAGGUCGUGCUAGUUCACUUUCCAAAAACACCAAAGAGGAGAAAGCAGCUCUACUGUAUGAGCUGCUGACAGUCAGGGAGGAGAUGUCAGAGAUGUGUGGGAAUCUCCGGCUCCUGGAGAAAGAGAGGUGGUGUUUGGACCUGGCGCUGAUGGUCCAGAGUGCCCAGGAUUCUGCUGGUGCUCUGAUCCUGGACAGUCUGCGAGAUGAGCUGGGGGAGAGGAGAGCCACCCAGCAGAGAAUUGCUGAAAAUCUGGUAAAACUAGAAGGUGGAGGAAGAAUUCCUGAUCGUCGGAAUCACUCUAUCCUAAGAGAACUACAAGCAACACUGCAAAGGGAACAGUCACCGAGGAAGAGAGUGGCAGCUUUACGUGAGUCGCUGGACUCGGCGCUCGCAGACAGCACCACUCAGAGGAGGAUCAACAGAGAGGAGAUUGCACGCCUCUCCCGCUACUACAAUAAAGUUUCAAGCACCUACAGAAGUUCUCGAAAGAAGCACCAGGAGCAGCUGUGGUGACUGGAGAAGCAAAUCGCAGUCGUGAGGGAACGUCAUGCUAAAGAAGAGGCCGAGCUAAGUGCUACACUGGAAGCUAUGGAGUGGAGGAGAGAGGAGACCAUACUCUAAAAGACUCUGCAGCAUAGUCCUGCUUAGUGUCAUUUCAUCGACAAACAUUUCUGAAAGAUAAUGCUGAAUGUUGAUUUUGAGUGAGAGGUUAGGUAAGUACUGGUUUAGAAACACUAAGCAUAUAAAAUUGCAACUAAAUUUACUGUAAAAGAUGCACCAUUUGGCAAUUUAAAGGUAAUUGGUUUGCUGGCUAUACUGACACCUGCUGCUGUGGAUGCAACAUCACAAGCCCUUAAGUCUGGGUAUUGGGACAGGCCAGCUUUUUCUAGGUCAUUACUAGAUAUAGAU